GUAGUAAGGGACAAGAAUCGAGUGAGGGGGAGGAAAACUCGGAAGAAAGUGACGAAGCGGGAGGACAGGAGAGUGUCACUAGCGAGGAAAGCGACUAGAGAUUGGUGAUAGGGUGCAUGGAAAGCGUGGUGGAGCACGGAAUCGCCCGAUCACCUAAGACCACUGGCAUGGGGCGAACCGAGGAGGAUACCGAGUUAGGGGCGAGAUUAAGCAAGUCGGCAGAAGAAGCGACCGAAGGGAUAGAAGCUAUUAGUAGGGCCUUAAAGAGCACGAAGGCACCUCUCGGAGAGAGAACUAUGGAAUUACGAGCGAGUUCCGAAGAGCGUUUGCACCAGGAAAUGGAGCCGCGAAUACCAGUAAGAGAGAGGACGGCGGAAGCCACGAGGGGCUUUCCGGUCGAAACCCGAUGGGCAGGUCGCAUGGACGCAGAAGAGAGAGUCGGCGAGGGGCAAGAGUUCCCUCGUGAUAGGGCUGGAUGCUGGGCACCAAAGAGGGACGAAGAAGGGACCCUGAGGAGGAGGGAACUAGCAGAAAAACGACCAACUGAAAUUGGGGGAGGACCGCGAAGAUGGGCUAGGAGAGAGACCAGUUCCACGUGGGUACAGGAAGAAGCGGUAGGAAGGAAUGUGGGGGGAUUCAGAGACAUCUGGGGGGGAUUUAGAGGCCAAGACCCCAUGCGCUGGGAACGUGAAGACCGGGGCGAUAGAUGCCGACGUGAGGAGGAACCGUGGGGACCUCCGAGGGCUCGAUCAUGGAUGAAAGAUUUAGACCCGGCUUGGUACAAACCCUACGACCCGACGAUAAAUGGACCGGCGGCAAAUCCUUACUUCCGUCGGUAUGAUGACCGACGAGUCCCCUACUACAAUGUGAACUUAGAACUAGAAUCGCUCUACUUCAAUGGAAGGGACGUGAUCAAGUUCGUAGAGAAAUGAGAGAGUUACACCUGCCGGAAGAAGUUUUCGGAGAAAGAAUGAAUCGACCACUUUAUA